AUGGAAGUAAAGGAAAAAAUAACCAACGACAUCAAGGACGCAGGAGUUUUUUCCAUAAUGGCAGACACAACCCCUGACGUUAGCCAUAAAGAUCAAAUGAGCGUUAUCUGCAGGUACGUAGAUCACGACGGAGCUGUUCAUGAGCGUCUUCUUGACCUGAAAGAAUUUCGAGAAAAGACCGGAGAAGGUCAAGCCACCGCUAUUAUUCAAUCAGUAGACCAAAACGGAUUAGACAACAAGAGCAUCGCUUUUCAAUCGUACGAUUUUACGAACAGUAUGUCUGGAAAAUACAAUGGUGCACAAGCAGUUGUCUCACGGUUACUCGACAGAGAAGUACCAUACAUACCAUGCCAAGGCCAUCGUUCUAAUACCGUCAAUGAACAUGCUUGUGAAGCUAGUCCAAUAGUAUCCGAGCUAUUUGAUACUCUCCAAGCGACAUAUUCCUUUUUCUCUGGCAGUACCAAGCGGUAUGCUGUCUUGCAUGAUGAACUUCAAAAUGUCGAGAACUCGCUAAUACUAAGAAACCUUUCUCUUACAAGAUGGACAGCACGAGCGGAAUCUCUCCGAGCGAUGUGGAUAUCGUAUGAAGCCGUGAUCGAAGUUCUAAGGAAAAUUUCAAAUGAUGGUUCUGUUGACGCGAAAGGAAAAGCUGCUGCAACUGGUCUGCUGGCUAAAGUUCUCCGGGUCGACUUUGUGGUCAGUUUAAUGUUCAUGAGGAUUAUUCUCUGGAAAACAAAGGUUCUGACGGAAUCACUUCAGAAAGAAGAUUUGAAUAUCGUUGAUGCUUUGGAAGCGUUGAAUGGUACAGUAAAAUCUUUGCAGGACAUAAGAAAAAAUGAUGAGGGAAUUGCAAAUCAGAUUCAAGCUUCAACUGAAGUGCUAUCAGGAAAGUACGUGGAUGCUGCCGGUGAAUUUGCAAAGCUGCAUCGGCCACGCAGUCAACCACGCCGUUUGGAUGAUAACCCAGAAUCAGCCGCUGAAAUUUCAAUGAUGAACUUUUAUGACAGAGAAUUUAAAGAAGUUCUUGAUAUUCUAAUCGCACAGUACAAGGACAAUAUAAAUGCAAGUUUGGAGAAGGUGAAAGCACUUUCCAUAGGCCUCCAACCACCGCUGAGUUCCCAUCAUGAAGAAAAAGAUGUGAAAGAUCUUCUCAACUUAUUCCCGCUUCAAGCACCAGACCAAGCUGCGUUUACUGCUGAAUUCGAAGUUUUUGUUAAUGUGGCUAUGAACGAAGGCAAUACAAAUCCUAUCCAGUCAUUGGCUGAUGCUGCCAAAGAAGCUGAGAAGCGAAAACACAUUUUCCCGUUGACCAGUCAAGUUUACAGACUCGCCCUGACGGCUCCCGUGACAUUGGCAGAAAAUGAAAGAACAUUCAGCAAGCUAAAGACUGUGAAAACCGCUUUGCGCAAUUCCAUGUCGGAUCAUCGCUUACAAAAUUUAAUUUUGCUAAACAGCGAAAAAGAUAUUACUGACAGUGUGGACCUAGACAUACUAGUUGAGAAAUGGUUUAUGAAAACCAACCGAAGAAUAAAUUUGUGA